ACACCACAACUUCUGUGUAAUAAUUUCUCUCUAUAUUAGGUUUGUUGUCAUGGCUAAAGAUUGGUAACAUGACUGUAACAUUUAAAGGUGAAAAAGACGAACUUUGAGAAGUUUCGUAACUCGUUUUCUCUGCCUUGUGAGGGUCUCCUUCCAGCUGGAGGCGAGAAUUCUGGGCCUACCUGAUUGGACUCCACCUCAUUUAGCAGAUGGACUUCACCUUGGAGACGCUGGAUGCUUCUUGUUUACCUGCUCCUUGCAUGCCACAAAUUCGCCGGGAAUGAAUCGACAGCACCUCUACUGAUUGCAACCAAGCAGUGCACUCCAUUUUUAGUUGGUCCUGCUCUCUGCAUCCUUGGGGUCUCAUCGCAAUGCUGACAAGCCCGAACGUGACAUCCAUCAUGAUAGUGGCUCGACUGAAUCACUUCAGGAGUGUCCUUGCACCUGCACAGUUGAACAUUUUGCCACCAGCAGCUCUCGCUAUCGGCAUCAUGCACAUGUCAGGCAUUAGUGGUGGAGAUGCCCCCCGAGGACUGAAUUGAGUGGAAAAGAAUGGAUUUCCCCAACUGCACUGAAGGGGUGUUUGCUACAAGCAGCGGCGGUUAUGAUGGACUGGAGACCACCAGCCAGCCUCCCAAGAAGAUCCUUCUAUCCGUGACCCUCUCUGUCCUGGCCAUCCUCACCACGUUCCUCAACUGCUUGGUGAUCACCGCCAUCGCUGUCACGCGCAAGUUGCAUCACCCGGCCAACUACCUCAUCUGCUCCUUGGCGGUGACCGACCUGCUGGUGGCCGUGCUGGUGAUGCCCUUCAGUAUCAUCUACAUCCAGAAAGAAAGCUGGUUGAUGGGCAAGGCGGUGUGCACACUGUGGUUAAGCGUGGACAUCACAUGUUGCACGUGCUCUAUACUACACUUGGCCGCCAUCGCCAUCGACCGCUACAGGGCUAUUACCGACGCCGUGGAGUACUCACGUAAGCGUACCGGCGCCCGGGCGGGAGCUAUGGUGGCGGUCGUGUGGCUGUUGUCCAUUCUCAUCUCGCUUCCUCCUCUUCUGUGGCGGCACUACACUGGAGAUGCGGACCAGAAGGACCAGUGCAUCAUCCUCCACCAUCACAUGGCCUUCACCCUCUACGCCACACUCGGGGCUUUUUACAUCCCCCUCAUGCUUAUCCUCAUCCUCUACUAUAAAAUCUACCGCGCUGCUCAGACUCUUUAUAUGCGUCGGGAAGCUAGCCGGGCAAGCCGUCAUUCCUGUAUGACAAACGGGAGCAUGAUCCCUUCGUCCUACCCUGCCGGAGAUAUGGACGGAGGGCCACGGAGUCCGGAGCCGGUGAGCCCUCAAGAUAAAUCUUUCUCCGACCCCUCCACCGAGGAGCCCCCACGCGAAAGAGUGCGUAUAUCGGUAAAAAAGUUUCACUGCAAGUCCCGUCGUCAUGACUCACGCAGUGAGUCACGGAGGAGCCAGCUUUCCCAAGGACCACGCAUCUCAGGCUCCCGGGAACGCAAAGCUGCCUCCACGCUGGGAUUGAUCAUCGGCGCUUUUGUCAUUUGCUGGUUGCCCUUUUUUGUCAAGGAGGUGAUUGUCAACACAUGCAGCUCUUGCAGCACUUCCGUGGAGACGGCGGACUUUCUGACAUGGUUGGGUUACCUCAACUCGCUCAUCAACCCUCUCAUCUACACCAUCUUCAACGAGGACUUCAAAAAGGCUUUCCAGAGACUUGUCCGAUGUAGUAGUUACCUCUGAUGGUUAAUGUGGGAAUGAUCUCCAUGCCAAUAGUGGUACAAAUGGAUAAUUGGAGUAGUGGAAAAAAGGCUGACUUGCCGGAAAGGGAGAAAAAAAAAAUCUCCAAGCAGCGUUUUCAGACACACACCACGAGGCACUCGAACCACCUCAAAGCAUCAUCAGCAAAGUGAUUUGCCGCAAAGAAAAAUGUCCAGUUCCCAUUUCCUGUUAUAAAUAGAAUAGCCUGAGAUCUUAUUGAUGUUAAUUGGACAUUGACAUGCUGGGUUUUUCUUUAUGUACCUUUUCCAUGCCAAGUUUCUCAGCGCGGUGAUCCAUUUAUAAUGUCUGAAAUAGCAAUCUCUUCAAUGAAAUGGCCUCUCUUCUUUCUUGUCCAAUCUGCUGACUGGAACACAGAAUGUAAAAAUGGAGAAGCGUUGUGGGGGGGACGUCUUUUGAAAGGAAUAUUGCACUGAUUGGCUAUUGGGAGAACUGGGAGUUUGACGGACACUGGUUAAAUAUAGAGUGGAACCUCGGUUAACGUUAUUAAAAUAAUCCUUCGUUUAGCGUGGUUAAUUGGUUCCUGACCCAACCGUUAUAAUUGAAUUACCGCCAAGUAGGAAUAUUUUGUAGAUAAGAGAAAAGACCUUCUAAAAUAACAUUAUUAGAGCUCUCUAGACAUGAAAUAACACCCCUAUAAUCGCCUUUACUAUCCUUUUACCCAAUAUAGUCAACAUAAUAUACAAAAAUAAUACAAGGCAUGAAUAAAAUUCAUACUCAUAGGUGUAAAUAUGUUCCAAUGUGGAACUGAAAGCGACGUCGGGGAUUCGGAGUUGAGUUUUAGCUUAGCGUGGGUUACGGUCACAACAAGUAGCCCAUGUUAGGGAUUAUUGUGCCUGUUGUGAGCUCAUGCAAUAAAAGCCUGUUGUUCUUUUCGAAAUCUGGUGCUUGUGUGUCUCACCCAAGAUGACAGUAACAUUACUGACAUUACAGUGUAGAAUACUACGCUGUCUACUAAUACGAACGCUAUCAUCACAAUGUCUCUGAAUGCGUCUUCUAAAUGCCUUAUAUUUUUAUUUUAUUUCACUUAACCAUUUUAUAAUGCUUGAUAAUGCUUAAUUUAGACAAACAAAAAGUGCAAAAUGUGCGUACAUGUGCAGAUUUCGGAAUAAUAAUUGACCACAAAACAGCAUAAUUUAUUAAUUAAUACAUUUUUGAAAAACUGUGAUAGAAUGAAGCCACAAAAUUUGAAGCGGCGAGUAAUCCAUUCCAAAAGGACAGACUUGAUUUUCCCACAACUGACCUGUUAGCAUGUUUGUUAGCAUACUAACAGCAGCCUUAGGGUCGCGGGGGGGGGGGGGUAUGCUGGAGCCUAUCCAAGCUGGCUGUCAUUUUGUGAUAAAUAUAUUAACAACACGAUAAAAGAAAACGUACGCAAACUGAGGCAAAAAUUUUGACAUAAACUGAAAAACAUGCUAACCAGGGCGUACGCUAACCGAGGUUGCACUAUAUUUCUUUGUUUUUUUACUGCGCCUUGCCUUGGUGUGUACGGUAAUGAGCUCUGUCAACGAUUACAGAAUAAAUUUGCAGAAUUUACCUUGUUGGUGUAACAGUACACCUGCUCCUUUUUAAAGCAAAGGCACAUGGUUCAAUCCCAGGAGGAGGUUUGUAACCGAAAUAUGUGUAUAACAUGGUUAAAUCUGGGAACACUGUGGCUUUCUUUGGUGAUUUAAGUGAGGGUGGAUCGGUAAAAACGAGACUGGAUAAUUGUGUUAUUACUGAAUGAGCAGCUUUGUGAAGUAAGGGCCGAUAAAGUUUGAAUGGAGUCAUUGUUCCAGCGCAAUUAAGCAACUAUUUUUGCACAACUUGUAAUUUAUGUUUCUUUGCUGGAGGUAUAUAUUUAUUUAUUUACCUUGAGAGCGUUUAGCACCCUGCAUCCCAUCUCACUCCCACCACUUAGCUAGCAUUAAGGUAAUGAAUGUGAAAAUCACUGGUGGAGAAAUCCUCAUUACGCCCACUCAAGUACUUGAGAUAGAACUACUACUGCUUUACUGCCUCCAAGAGGGCAGAUGGUGUGUUGAUGGAAAUAUUGGAGAUGAGUCAAGUGUGAGGGUGUACCAUAUGAUAAGACCUUCCAGGUAAAGACAAGGUGUCUCAUACAGUAUACUGUGUCUUAUGAGUGAUCGUUGUAUAAUGUUCCUUUGUUUGUUUGUAUGUCACCUCAUCAAACACCAAUAAACGAUCAUCAGA